UUUAUUGUUAUUGGUGCCAUAUAUUUGCUGCCACUAUUAUUAAUAUAUUCAUAUAUCAUGUGUAGAUGGGUGAUAACACAGAAGAUUUGGCAAAAAAAGGACAGAAUGGCCUUUUGCUUCUGGCUCAACUUUCCCAGCAAGCUGCUGUCAUUGGUCAAAUGGGGAACAUGUACACUGAACGGUAUUUGCACAAAGGAGAAUACAGGGAAGCAACAGAAACUGGACUUGAAUGGGUUAUGAGAUGCUUGGGUCGUCCUAGGUACUUUUAUAAGAUGUUUCGGAUGAGCACUGAGGUUUUCAUGGAACUUCAUGACUUGCUAAUCUCGACCUAUGGUUUGACAUCAACUAACAAUGUAUCAUCAAUUGAAUCAUUGGCGAUGUUCUUGUGGAUUGUUGGAGGACCCCAAGCAUUUGCACAAGCUGAAAAUCGUUUUACACGUUCACUCUGGACAGUUCACACAAAGUUUCAUGAAGUAUUGAAUUGUUUGCGCAAGUUAGCAAAGGACAAUAUAAAGCCUAGAGAUCCUACUUUCUCUACUGAGCAUGAUAAGAUCAAAGAGGAUCGUUUCUGGCCUUAUUUCAAAGGCGCUAUUGGAGCUAUAGAUGGUUCACAUGUUCCAGUUGUAGUGCCGACAGAAGAAGUGGUUAAUCACACAUGUCGACAUGGAUAUACAUCUCAGAAUGUGCUAGCCAUCUGUGACUUUGAUAUGAGGUUUAUCUUUGCGGUUGCUGGUUGGCCAGGUUCUGCACAUGACACACGGAUCCUCAAUCACGCGUUAGCAAAUUUUCCUUCUUUUCCCUUGCCUCCUAAAGGAAAAUAUUAUCUUGUGGAUUCCGGUUAUCCAAACCGAACAGGAUAUCUUGCCCCUUUUAAAGGAAGUGCAUACCAUAUACCAGAAUUUCAGCUUCGUUCUGGGCGUCCUCCUCAAGGGAAGUACGAGAUGUUCAAUUUCUUGCAUUCAUCCCUACGGAAUGUCAUUGAGCGGUCUUUUGGAGUCUUGAAGCAGAAGUGGCGUAUUUUGAAGGGCAUACCUAGUUUCUCUACUCGUACUCAGAAGCAUAUUAUUAUUGCUUGUAUGGCGUUGCAUAAUUUUAUUCGUGAUAGCAAUUUGCAUGAUAGGGAGUUCGAUAGAUGUGAUGCUGAUGAGGAGUACCUACUAGAACAGACGAAUGCCACAACACAAACACAAGGAGAUGACAAUCCAGACGGGGAGAAUGAAGAUACCAUGAAUACCAUUCGUAGUAGGAUAGCUGAUGCUUUGGUUACCGCUUCAGGGAGCUAAUUAUGUUGAUAGAGGACAACAUUAUAUGAAGCAUAUAUCUUUUGUAUUAAUGUGGACCAUAUACUUCGUUGUAUUAAUGUGGACCAUAUGGUAGUGAUGGAUGCAAAAUUUGAAAAAGUUAAGUUCACCUUCAUAAAAUGGCCAUUUACAUGUAAAUAUGUGAACAACAAUUUGUUUUACGAUUAAUUUGCAUAUAACUUGUCUCUCCUGUCCUUCAGGGGCAUUACAGGCAUU